AUGUCUCAUACAAGACUAGUGUCUUUCUUCAUUUUGCUGUCAUUUGUGGCAGCGGUGGCCAGCAUCAAGUGUUGGCAGUGCGGACAGUAUAGUGAUGGAGUCGGCUCUAUAACUCCCUGCAAUAACAGAAGUGCUGCAAGACUAAACCAGUGUCCACCUGAUGCUAAAUAUUGUAUUAAAUACGUGAGCGAAUUGACCGUGGUUAGAGAUUGCGUGCCGACAUGCAGCGAAAAAGAGUGGUGGGGUGCUCGUACCUUCUGCUGUGAGACUGAUGAGUGUAACAGCGCCAUCACGAGAAGUCCAGAAGCAGCAGUGAUGAUGACGCUGGCAUUCACCUUAGUCCUUGUUCGUGGGCGCUGA